AUGCGACUCCUACUCCUCGUCGCUGCGCACGGGCUCGUCCCAUCAAUCCGCAAAGCGCCCCUCAAAUACCGCGCGACUGCAGCCGACCUCGACUUCAUGCGCGAAGCUUUAGAUUUGGCACAGACGGUCACCGCCGACACCACGGCUCCCAACCCCCAGGUCGGCUGCGUCCUCGUCCAAAACAACAAAAUAGUGGGCCGCGGCUACCAUCCCAAAGCUGGAGAACCGCACGCGGAAAUUUUUGCCCUGAGGGACGCGGGCGCCACCGUAGAAAGGGAAGGCGACGCGGACCACUGGAGCGUUACGUCCUCUUUGAAGAAUGCGACGGCGUACGUCACGCUCGAGCCGUGCUCGCACGUGGGGAAGACGCCGCCGUGCUGCGACGCGCUGGUGCGAUCUCCGCGUUUUGAGGUGUUGCGGCGCUUUCACGCCAUCGACGCGACUCGUGUCCAUCUUCUGAUGAAGUGGGUGGUCUCUGGUCCAAAUUUGAGGCCGUUCGGACCGUUUCCAGUGAAUACGAUGCUCCGCGCAGGUCGCGGCAGGGUGCGCCCGCGUCGUCAUCGGCAUGUCGGACCCGGCGCCCUGGGUCGCGGGGAACGGCGCCAAGCGGUUGCGGGACGGGGGCGUGGACGUCGAGGUCUUGGAAGACGCGGCCUGCUUGGCGUUGCUCGAGGGGUGGGUGGCGUCGCUGAAUCUUGGGGGGAAGUGAGGUCGACGGCGUCGACGCCGUCGCCCACCCCCUACUAUAAAUUGUUGUACUUUG